ACGUUUGCCCUGUUUUGUGGCGCCAUCUUGGUUCCUGUCAAUCUGGUUACAAGCGCGUUUUCUCUCGAUAAUUGUAGUUUUUAACCAAAUUAACAAAUAAAAGUGAACACAAAGCUAUCAAAAUGGUGUAAAAACAUUAAGUGCAUCAAUAGGUGCGUGUUUUCUGUGUAAUUUCGCAAGAAUUAAGUAGAACGCGGUGUCGUAAUUUGGCAACAUGUCUGCUGUGCAAACGCAAAGUAAAACUAGCAGUUCCACGGCUGCGAAGCCCCAGAAAAACUAUGGGAAGAUUAUUCUUACGUUGUACAACUGCCUGCUGCCCGAAGCCGUGUUUAAAGAGACGCCAUCACAGGCAGAUGGCCUCGACAUUGAAACUGAGACUGAUCUACGCAUCCUGGGCUGCGAACUGAUCCAAACAGCCGGAAUCUUGCUCAAAAUGCCCCAAGUCGCUAUGGCUACAGGUCAGAUAUACCUCCAGAGGUUUUACUACUCGAAAUCCUUCGUCAGAUACCCCAUGGAAACCAUGGCAAUGGGUAGCAUUUACUUAGCCUCUAAAGUCGAAGAAAAACCUUGUAGAAUACGAGAUGUGAUCAAUGUAUUUCAUCAUAUCAAGCAAGUGAGGGCCCAGAAAACUAUAUCUCCAUUGAUAGUUGACCAGAACUAUAUAGAAUUAAAGAAUCAAGUAAUUAAAGCUGAGCGGAGAAUACUUAAGGAGCUAGGUUUUUGCGUCCAUGUUAAACAUCCACACAAACUUAUUGUGGUAUAUCUACAGCUGCUUCAGUAUGAGAAGAAUCGUCAGCUUAUGCAGAUGGCAUGGAAUUACAUGAAUGACGCUUUACGGACAGAUGUAUUUAUGAGAUUCCCUCCGGAAACUAUAGCUUGUGCUUGCAUUUACUUGACUGCUAGGAAAAUUGGUUUGCCUCUACCAAAUAACCCGCACUGGUUCCUACUCUUCAAAGUAACGGAAGAGGACAUCCGUGACAUCUGCACGAGGAUUCUGCAGCUCUACAAGCGACCCAAAGUGAACUCGGAAGAAUUGGAAAAGAAAGUUGAUCUGCUACGCAGGGUCUACCAAGCUAACAAACAUUCGCAGGCCCAGAAAGAGCGGGAAGCUAAUGCUGAAGAAAAGAAGGCUGAAUCGCCCACUGCAUCCACAUCUAAGGAUACAAAACGCGACUCUAAGAAAGAUAAAUCACCUAAAACACCACCAUUAUUCAAUAAAUAUCAUAGUAGCCACAAGUCUAAGAGGGAGCGAAGAUCUCGGUCCCCGUAUGACAGGAAGCGUGAAUAUUCGAGCAAGAGACACAAGUCCCGAUCAAGGGAUAGGGAGAUUGAGCGCUCAAGAGAGCGAAGGGAUGACAAGAGGAGUCGAGGCAGCGGCUCCAGGAAGUAUGACGAUUACGAGAGAUCCAAGUCAAGUAGGGACAGUAGGGAUGAUAAAAGGAAAUAUUGAAAUGUAAAUUAAAGUUUUGAAUAAUUAA